AUGUCGACGGCUGCGCAAACGAAACCAUCGACGGCGUCACACACGAACCCGAAGCCGGCAAAAGCACCCGCUGGAAGUCCCGUCAAGCGACUUUACUUAACAUUGUACAAUGCCGUCUCGUGUGGACUUUGGGCCGUGAUUCUGUACAGAGUUGUGUCUGUGCUGGUGGAAAACUACACGAAAGAGCCGUUUUUGGGGACAGUGAAAAGAAAGGAAAAUGCUUGGUACGAGACGGGCGAGUUUGUGAAGUGGGUGCAGACCGGAGCGUUGUUGGAGGUUGUGCAUAGUCUUCUGGGUAUCGUCCGCGCACCCGUCACGACGACCGCCCUUCAAGUUGCAUCUCGCGUUGUCCUUGUCUGGGGCAUAUGCGAUCAGUUCCCAAGCGUGCCGGCAAACAGUCUGUUCUAUUCAAGCAUGCUUGUUGCGUGGAGUGUGACCGAAGUUGUCCGCUACGGCUUCUUCGUUUUCUCGCUCAACGGCUUUGUCCCGGGCGUUCUGAGCUGGCUGCGCUACAACCUGUUCUUCGUCUUGUAUCCUUUGGGGAUCUCAAGCGAGAUGGCUUUGGUCUACAAGUCGAUCCCACUGGCCAAGAAGAGGGACGAAAGGUUGGAGUACGUCAUGUAUGCCAUCCUAGGCAUUUACUUCCCAGGCGCUUACAUACUAUAUACGCACAUGAUGGCACAAAGGAAGCGUGUCAUGCGUGGUAAGGCAAAGACGACUUAG